GCCUGCUACGCCUGCUACGCCUGCCACACCCGCAACGCCUGUACCUAAGUCAUUAUUCGGCUUCGAUACAUCCAAGCCAACUACUACAAUGGGAUCCUCGCUGUUCGGAGGCACUCCAGCCCCUGCGUCGAACAUCUUCAGCUCUAAGAACGGCGAAGUAACGCCCGCAGAAAAUAAACCGGCUACAACAACGGCACUAUCGUUGUUCGGUAACAACUCAACCGCGAGCAACCUAUUUGGUUCUAAGAGUGACAACGCAGGUGCCGUUGAGAAGAAAGUAGAGCCUCCGGCCUCGAACCCACCAAGCCUUUUCAGCAGCGCUCCCUCUACAGGGCCUUCUUUUACUUUCGGAGCCGCCAACACAACACCGGCGCCUGCGUCGACACCUGCAGCAGCGUCGGCAAUGAUAUUUGGCGCGGGUACUAAUGGCACCCAGGCCAAUAAUAACGAGCUGAAGAAGCCCGAUUUCCAGUUUGGAGCACCUACAACCGGUUCAGCGUCGUUUACAUUUGGUCAAGACACAUCGGGCUCUGCUGGCUCUAGUUUCACCUUCUCGGCGGGCGGGAACGGGCAAGCGUUCAAUAACCCCUUCGCCUCGAACUCGCCGUCGCCAGCCCCUAUAUUUGGUGGCCAGUCAUCAGCACCAAAUCCAAUGUCUUCAAGUUUUACUUUUGGACAGCAAGCACCAUCUACGCCUAAUCCAGCCCCUGCUAAUAUGGGAGCCUCUCUCUUCGGAGCAUCCUCCAACGCAAACAAUGGGGCCCCCAGCUUCAGCUUUACUCAAGCAACACCAAACCAGAACAUUUCGAAUCCAUUCGCUCCUAAACUCGCUUCGUCCUUUUCGGGUGUUGGGAAUUUCCUGCAGGCGGGCGGUGAUUCAACGGGAGCUAACUCGCCGUUCCCUGCACCCUCUAGCAUGGGCACAACCCCAGUAAAUGGUACACCAGAGCCACAGGCUCAACAUGAUGACGAAGAGGCCCCAUUAGAGCAGAUAUCAUUGAUCAAUGGAGGUCCGGGCGAGGAGGACGAGGUGGUUUUACACGAAGUGCGGGCCAAGGCUAUCAAAUUUAUACCGAUAGUCAAGGGCAGUGAGGAUGAAGAGGAGCGGAAGUCACCAUGGUCAACUCAGGGAGUGGGACCGCUACGGGUGCUGAAGAACAAGACGAGCGGAAGCGUGCGUGUGCUACUCCGUGGGGAGCCGAGAGGCCAUAUCGCGAUGAACAAGGCUAUCCUCCCAGAUGUGGAAUACAAAGCCAAGGAGAAGACAGUCAACUUUGUGGCAGCAAGCGACGACGGAUCGGGUCUUGAGACGUGGGUUCUUCAGGUCAAAAAGCCGGAGUUUGCGCAACAGCUGGCUGGAGUACUGCAAGCAAACAAGAGCGCGAACAAGAAGUAGAGGAGAUCGCUACUUAGUGAAACGGGAUUUGGUAAUGAAUUUGUUAUCCUGAUUCGGAAUGGCUUAAUAACCGGGCGUUAAUGGCGAAAAAAGGGGGGGAUAUAGUAGAGUAUAGCAUCUAUAUUGGCAUUGUUUCUAACGUUUGUUGACGGGGACCGAAAAAAGGCAUUCUGGACGGGACGCCUUGCCAUUUGGGUGUAGGAGGUCACCGCGUCGUACAAAAAUUUGGGCGUGUGUAUUAACUAUGCAAAAAAAAAAAAAAAAAAAAAAA